UGAUGCUACCCAGUGAAUCAGCUGUUCAAUACUUACCUGUGAUUGAAAAAGGAUGAACACGGUAAAUUAUUUGUCUUUCCCUGUAAUAGUUACCAGUCAAAGACAAAAUAACACCUUGAAGAAAAAAUGGGAUACUUACCACUACCACUGCCACAUGAUGCGGGUGAAAACUGCCAGAUCUGAAGUUGACAAUAAGCCUCCAUGGAUAUACUUAAACCAUCAUGUCCAAAUGAAAAAAAUGCAGAUGGAACAGGAAAGACUAGCUGUGAUAGAGAGAGAUAAUCAGUUACUCGUGGAGAAGAUCAGUCACAUUAUGCGCACCAGAGGAAGCGUUGACAAUUGGAACACUUCUUAUAUAAGAAGUUCUAUAUAG